AUGGGUAGAGCGCGGCGGAACUCACCUAAAACCACCCCCGCUCCAACACUGGUCACCAAGAAACACACACCGCAGACGGCACGGCCCGUUAUACAGCAGAAUUCCCACCGGUACUACAUAUCCCAGUACUACCCGGUGUCCCCGCCCGGAGACUCUCACUGGGAGGACAUGGGUAGUGGAGACGCCGAGCUGGUGGUGGGGACAGGCUCACCUCCGGUACAUCACAAGCAGAACAAGCCGGUGAGUUUGUCGUUUGACUUCAAGUUUUACGGACACUUCAUCAGGAACAUAUCAAUUUCAACCAGAGGAUAUAUAAAUACAGGACCGUACCCGAGUUACGUCACGGACACCCAGUACAUCGCCCCUCUGUCUGAUCCCCGACUGGACUCCAGUUUGGACAAGUUUGCGUCUGUUAGAUACAAAGAUAGCGGAACAUCAUUCACGGUCGAGUGGAACAGAUUAUACCUAACCAACCAAACCAAGCUCGGACCAUUCAUUUUCCAGACGACGCUGAUAAAAGACGGUCGCAUCGUUUUUGCAUAUAAGGAAGCUCCAUCCCGGCUGAUUGAUGACACCAUGCGGGAUGUAAAGGUUGGCGUGUCUGACGCUUACAUCCCCAGUCUGGUGCUCGAUGGGGAGAAACCUGUUAUUGAAUAUCACAGGGUGGAGUUAGGCUUGGAAAAGGUUCACAGCAACGCCGUGGUCAUUCUGGUUCCGCAGCAAACGUGUGGUGAACUAAGGGGAUGCAGUAGUUGCAUAAACUCGAGUAUAGUAGACUUUGAGUGUGGGUGGUGUCAGAAAGUUAACAGAUGUUCAGAUGGAAACGACUGGUUAACAGCAUCCUGGAGGGAUGCAGCAUGCGACGAUCUUGUGACGUGUGGUGAACUAAGGGGAUGCAGUAGUUGCAUAAACUCGAGUAUAGUAGACUUUGAGUGUGGGUGGUGUCAGAAAGUUAACAGAUGUUCAGAUGGAAACGACUGGUUAACAGCAUCCUGGAGGGAUGCAGCAUGCGACGAUCUUGCAAAAUCCCCGCCUUGCCUGAGCAUCACCAGGUCCAACCUAACUACGUUUUUCCCCAGAACUUCAGUAACGACAUCAACACCAACUUUAGCUCCGGCAUCUUCCUCGGGCCUGUUCGUUCUAACCACAAACGAAAGCAGACCAACACCAGGUAGAGCGUUCACGUUAUCACCACAAAGAGUCACACCCGGACCAAACCUGUUCUCUGUCAGCGAACUUCCGAGGAACAACCACAGGACACAAAGAACUAUCGGCACGAACGUGAUUGUCGGCAUACUUGUUGGAAUAGUCAUACUGAUCGCGAUUGUGGCCUGGACUGUUCACGUUUGCUCCAAAAUGAAGGCAGAAGCUGACGUCGUGGUGGUUCAGAUCUAA